AUGCCAACCUCUGAAGUAAAGGACGGUGAGACAACUAGAAUUGUUCCAGAGACUCGUCAACAAUACAGCGAAGCGGACAAAAAGAACACUGAGAAAGGUUACAAGGCUAAGAAGAUGUUGGUUUGUGGUACAGGUGCUGAAGAAAAUAAUCGUGUUUCUGCCUUUGAAUCAGGAAAAGAGAUCUGGGAUUGUCUCAGGACUUCUCAUGAAGGUACUGAGCAGGUGAAGGAAUCAAAGGUGGAUAUGCUCACUUCUCAAUAUGAAAAUUUCAGAAUGAAGGAAGGGGAAACUAUUCAUGACAUGUAUACUAAACUUUCCUCCAUAACUAAUGAGCUACGAUGUCUUGGAGAGCCAAUCAGUACUAGUAAGCAAGUUAGCAAAGUUCUUCGAAUUCUUCCUCAGUCAUGGGAAAGCAAAGUAGUUGCUAUCACUGAAGCCAAGGAUCUGAAAGUUCUGAGGAUGGAUGCUCUUAUUGGAAAUCUCAAGACAUAUGAAAUGACUAGAAGUCAAGACCUCUCAAAGAAGGAGGCCAAGAAAGACAAGUCUCUAGUACUCAAAUUUACUCCUGGAGAAGUGUGUAGUGAAGAAGAUGAUAUGGACUAUCUUCCCAAGAAAUUUCAGAAGAUCAUAAGAAAAAAUAGAAGGUUUAGAAAAGGAGGGAACCCUCCUCGAGCUGCAACUGCUAGAGGUGAAAAGGACAAACGAAGGGACCUGGUACCAGACAAAAGUGCGAGAAAAGCUGCAGCUCAUUAUGUAGUGAAGAAAGCUCUUGCUGCAUGGGGAGACUCUUCAAGCAAGUCAGGAGAUUCAAAUUGUCCCAAAGAUGAAUCAAUGCUGGUGAUUCAAGACGAGGCUAACGUAUUCAAUGGGAUGUUUUCUCUCGUGGCUAAGUUAGCAAAUGUCUUGAUUGACUCUAUUAUAGAGUUAACUACUGAAAGGGACUCUAUAAACAAUAGUCUUGAUGGUAUAAAUGAAGAAAAGGAAGUAAUGGUAGUUCAGAUGUCUGUUCUUGAGAAACAAAUGAUGGUUCUUGAAUAUGAGAAACUGGAACUUAUGGAGAACCUGGAUUUGAUGAUUGAGAAAUCUGAAAGGACUCAGCUAAGGGGAGCUGGUCCUACUGGCAAAAAGCCUAGACAAGAAACUGCUAGAAAUAGAGGAUCUGCUCUAGUUCAUAGUGUCUCAAACUUGAAGAAGACAAAGUUUCCACACUGGGCAAUAAACACUCUCAUUACACCUUUGUCAGCUUAUUGGAACUCAGAUUGA